AUGGAUGAGAGUAAAGUAAUUCAGUGUGAAACGCAUUACUUAGAUUUGAUAGUACCUUCAUUAAAAUAUAAACAUACUAUAUGUUAUUAUCUAUGGAGAAAAAAUAAUGUUGUUCUACAACAACAACCAACAAGAUAUAUCUAUUGUUUUCAUAGAUUGGCUGGAAAUGGAAAAGAGUUUGAUUAUUUGGCAAGACAAUUAUUAGAACGAAUAAAUAAUGAUGAUGAUGAUGAUCAACCUAUUGUAGUUGUUUGUGCAGAUGUUUGUGGUCGUGGACAAUCACAAUACUUGGAAGAUCCUCAAGACUAUGAAUACAAGACUUAUAUUGCUGAUGCAAUGGCACUCAUCAAUCAUGUGUCUCCCAAUCAACCUAUCGAUCUCAUUGGUACAUCUAUGGGUGGUCUAAUUGGUAUUAGUUUAUUGGUCACUAGUUUUUACAACAAACUAAAACAGGAAACUGCAGACGAUCAACAACAACCAAAAGAUCAUUUUGUAGUAUUAAAUAGAAAUGAUAAUAUCAAUAUAAAUCAACAACCAACAGCAUUACUACCAUAUAUAGAAAUUAAUAGAUUAAUUUUAAAUGAUGUUGGAGCAUUUGUAACACUGGAAUCAUUAAGUUCGAUAGCCAGUUAUGUAGGAUGCAUGCCAACAUUUUCAUCAAGACAAGAGGCAACCCAGUUUUUCCAAAAGGUUUACAAUGGAUUUGGUAACCUUACAGAUGAUCAAUGGUCUUAUUUCGUUGAUAGAUGUAUUAUUCCAGAAAAUGAGAAUAAAUUAAAGUUCCAUUUCGAUCCUUCUAUUUCAAUCAAUUUAAAAAAGGUUGAAUCAGAUGUAGAUAUGUGGUCAUUUUGGAAUAAUAUUAUAGUUAAAAGUACAAAACAAAUAUUAAUAUUGAGAGGUAAACUGUCAAAGAUAUUGACAAAUGAAACAUUUAAUAGAAUGGUCAAUGGCAACGACAAUGUACAAGGAAUUGAAUUUGAAAAUGUUGGACAUGCUCCAUCGCUUUUAGUUGAAGAUCAAAUACAACCAAUCAUUAAAUUCUUAUCCUAG